AUGUCAAACCCACUAAUGUCGCUUGCCGAAAAGACUGCCUACAAGAGAAACCUUGUCAAAAUAAGGCUUGCAAGAUUUGGACGAAAACAUCAACCAAUUUUCAACAUUGUUGUCAUGAAAGCUAAGAAAGCACAACAGAAAUUACCUAUUGAGGUUAUAGGCACAUACAAUCCUGUUCCUACACCACAGCCAUCAUUUGAUAAUAGCACGCCAAUCAAAGACGUAAGUUUGGACUUCCACAGAGCCAAGUAUUGGUUAGGUAUGGGUGCUGAGCCAACGCCUAAAGUUGCAUGGUUGCUUAAAAAAGCAGGUGUUUUGCCCAAUUUCUGGCCCAAGACGAGUAAAUUAUCUCAAGAGAUCAAUGCUCCUGUUGUGGAGGAUGUUAAAGAGACUCAGGAACUGCCAGUUGACGUGGUGAGAAGAAGAGGCGAUAAGAAAUAUUGA